CCGGCGCCGGCCCCGGCUCCGCCCCUCGAGCCCGCCCCUCCGCCGCUGCGGGAGACCUAGGCGGCUCUGCGGUCGUAGCUCCCUCGUCGCCUUCCUCCUCCCGCGGCUCGAGUGCCCAGGCGGCUCCUGCUGGCGACGCUGCCCUGGGUGGGAGGCGCGGCCCCGCGGCAGCUGAGCCCUCGGCGCGGCGCAGCCUGCUCUCCCGCCCGCCAGGCGCCGUGACAGGUGCAGGGUCCCCGCCCGAGACCCACCUGCAGGGGCUGCCGCGAUGCCCACCAUGCGGAGAACCGUGUCGGAGAUCCGCUCCCGGGCGGAAGGUUAUGAGAAGACAGAUGAUGUUUCAGAGAAGACCUCAUUGGCUGAUCAGGAGGAAGUAAGAACCAUAUUCAUCAACCAGCCUCAGUUGACAAAAUUCUGCAACAAUCAUGUCAGUACUGCAAAAUACAACGUGAUCACAUUCCUUCCAAGAUUCCUCUACUCUCAGUUCAGAAGAGCAGCUAAUUCAUUCUUCCUCUUUAUCGCCCUGCUCCAGCAAAUACCUGACGUGUCACCGACAGGUCGAUACACAACACUGGUUCCUCUCUUAUUUAUUUUAGCUGUGGCAGCUAUCAAAGAGAUAAUAGAAGAUAUUAAACGACACAAAGCUGAUAAUGCUGUGAACAAGAAACAGACACAAGUUUUGAGAAAUGGUGCUUGGGAAAUUGUUCACUGGGAAAAGGUAAAUGUUGGAGAUAUAGUUAUAAUAAAAGGCAAAGAGUAUAUACCUGCUGACACUGUCCUUCUCUCAUCAAGUGAGCCCCAGGCCAUGUGCUACAUUGAGACAUCCAACUUAGAUGGUGAAACCAACCUGAAAAUCAGACAGGGCUUACCAGCAACAUCGGAUAUCAAAGACAUUGACAGUUUAAUGAGACUUUCUGGCAGAAUUGAGUGUGAAAGCCCAAACCGACAUCUCUACGAUUUUGUUGGGAACAUAAGGCUUGAUGGACAUGGCACUGUUCCCCUGGGAGCAGACCAGAUUCUUCUUCGAGGUGCUCAGUUAAGAAAUACUCAGUGGGUUCAUGGGAUAGUUGUCUACACCGGACAUGACACCAAGCUGAUGCAGAACUCCACAAGCCCGCCACUUAAACUCUCCAAUGUGGAGCGGAUUACAAAUGUGCAAAUCCUGAUUUUAUUUUGCAUCUUAAUCGCCAUGUCUCUCAUCUGCUCUGUGGGCUCAGCCAUUUGGAAUCGAAGGCAUUCUGGGAAAGACUGGUACCUCCAUCUCCACUAUGGUGGCGCUAGUAAUUUUGGACUGAACUUCCUGACUUUCAUUAUCCUUUUCAACAACCUCAUUCCCAUCAGCUUGUUGGUUACAUUAGAAGUGGUAAAAUUUACCCAGGCAUACUUCAUAAAUUGGGAUCUUGACAUGCACUACGAGCCCACAGACACUGCCGCCAUGGCUCGGACCUCUAAUCUGAACGAGGAGCUUGGCCAGGUUAAAUAUAUAUUUUCUGACAAAACUGGCACCCUGACAUGCAAUGUGAUGCAGUUCAAGAAAUGCACCAUCGCGGGCGUGGCUUAUGGCCAUGCCCCCGAACCUGAGGAUUAUGGGUGCUCGCCUGAUGAAUGGCAGAGCUCACAGUUUGGAGAUGAAAAAACAUUUAGUGAUGCAUCAUUACUGGAAAAUCUCCAGAAUAACCACCCCACCGCACCUAUCAUCUGUGAGUUCCUCACAAUGAUGGCAGUCUGCCACACAGCUGUACCAGAGAGAGAAGGCGAGAAGAUCCUAUACCAGGCAGCAUCUCCAGAUGAGGGAGCGCUGGUCCGAGCGGCCAAGCAGUUGAAUUUUGUCUUCACUGGAAGAACGCCCGACUCAGUCAUCAUAGACUCACUGGGGCAGGAAGAAAGAUAUGAAUUGCUCAAUGUUCUAGAGUUCACCAGCGCUCGGAAGAGAAUGUCGGUGGUGGUUCGCACCCCAUCCGGGAAGUUACGGCUCUACUGCAAAGGAGCUGACACAGUAAUUUAUGAAAGACUUGCAGAGACUUCCAAGUACAAAGAAAUCACCCUAAAACACUUAGAACAGUUUGCUACGGAAGGGCUGAGGACUUUGUGUUUUGCUGUGGCUGAGAUCUCCGAGAGUGAUUUCGAGGAGUGGCGGGCUGUCUACCAACGAGCAUCCACGUCGGUGCAGAACAGGCUGCUGAAGCUGGAGGAGAGUUACGAGCUGAUCGAAAAGAAUCUUCAGCUACUUGGAGCUACAGCCAUUGAGGAUAAAUUACAAGACCAAGUGCCUGAAACCAUAGAGACGCUAAUGAAAGCUGACAUCAAAAUAUGGAUCCUUACUGGGGACAAGCAAGAAACUGCCAUUAAUAUUGGACACUCCUGUAGACUUCUGAAGAAGAACAUGGGAAUGAUCGUUAUAAAUGAAGGCUCUCUUGAUGGAACCAGGGAAACUCUCAGUUGGCAUUGCACCACCCUUGGAGACGCCCUUCGGAAGGAAAAUGAUUUUGCGCUUAUCAUUGAUGGGAAAACCCUCAAGUAUGCCCUAACCUUCGGAGUCCGGCAGUACUUCCUGGACUUGGCUUUGUCCUGCAAAGCUGUCAUUUGCUGCAGGGUUUCUCCUCUUCAGAAGUCUGAGGUGGUUGAGAUGGUCAAGAAACAAGUGAAAGUCAUCACGCUUGCGAUUGGUGACGGAGCAAAUGACGUCAGCAUGAUACAGACGGCCCAUGUGGGGGUCGGGAUAAGUGGGAACGAAGGUCUGCAGGCAGCCAACUCUUCCGAUUACUCCAUAGCUCAGUUCAAGUAUUUGAAGAAUUUGCUGAUGGUUCACGGUGCCUGGAAUUACAACAGGGUCUCCAAGUGCAUCCUAUACUGCUUCUACAAGAACAUCGUGCUCUACAUCAUUGAGAUCUGGUUUGCCUUUGUCAAUGGCUUUUCUGGACAAAUCCUCUUUGAGAGAUGGUGCAUAGGACUUUAUAAUGUGAUGUUUACAGCGAUGCCUCCCUUGACGCUUGGAAUAUUUGAGAGAUCAUGCAGAAAGGAGAACAUGUUAAAAUACCCUGAGUUGUACAAAACAUCCCAGAACGCUCUGGACUUCAAUACCAAGGUUUUCUGGGUUCAUUGUCUGAAUGGCCUCUUCCACUCGGUGAUUCUCUUUUGGUUCCCACUCAAAGCCCUUCAGUAUGGCACGGUAUUUGGAAAUGGGAAAACCUCGGAUUACCUGCUUCUGGGAAACUUCGUUUAUACUUUUGUAGUGAUCACUGUGUGUUUGAAAGCGGGACUGGAAACCUCCUAUUGGACAUGGUUCAGCCACAUUGCCAUCUGGGGCAGCAUCGCGCUCUGGGUGGUGUUCUUUGGAAUCUACUCAUCUCUGUGGCCUGCCAUUCCCAUGGCUCCUGAUAUGUCUGGAGAGGCAGCCAUGCUCUUCAGCUCUGGAGUCUUUUGGAUGGGCUUGCUCUCCGUUCCUGUGGCAUCCUUACUUCUGGAUGUGCUGUGCAAAGUUAUCAAGAGGACUGCCUUUAAAACAUUAGUGGAUGAAGUUCAGGAGCUCGAGGCGAAAUCUCAAGACCCAGGGGCAGUCGUACUUGGAAAAAGCCUCACCGAGAGGGCACAGCUGCUCAAGAAUGUCUUUAAGAAGAACCAUGUCAACCUGUACCGCUCUGAGUCCCUACAACAGAACCUGCUCCACGGCUACGCUUUCUCUCAAGAUGAAAACGGCAUCGUCUCACAGUCUGAAGUGAUUAGAGCCUAUGAUACCACGAAACAGAGGCCGGAUGAGUGGUGAUAAGGAGGCCUAAGCAACAGGCCCUGCUGUGUCUCUGAGGAGAGCUGUCCCAAUCUGAGGUCAUCACUGCAAUCUGCUGACCAAUCCCAGUCUGGCCCAUGGGGAGAAAAGUGGAUCCGAGCUCAUCUCCCAGACGGAUUUCAUGGACAUAAGCACUAUGCGAUUACUUUAACACCAUUGCCCUCAGAUGUUCUAAGAACCUGCUAAGGCUUUGUAAACCGGUAUUGGAAAUGACCUUGUGUCUUGCCUGAGCGCUUUCUCAAAAUGGGGGACAGGUCAGUGUUCACAAGCCAUCCCUCUGGGGUUGUAACUCUCAGUUCAUUGGCUCAACGACCAGUCAAUCAACCAUUUAAAAAAACAACUCCGAAAUGGUGUUAAGAGAAGGGACUCUUGAUAUCUAGACUUAGAUUUCAGGAUAUGCUGAAACAAACCAGCAUUCUUGACUCACUCUACUGAACACUUCUAAACAAGGCAUUAAUAAGUGUUUGUGUCAAUAAAGUGUCUUGCUCAAUGUUUGCCAAAGACGUUCAGUGCGUGUUUCUCAUUCAGUAGUCAACUGCCCAGAAAUUUAAAAGAGAGUUCCCUCGCAGUACUGCUGUCCGAUCUGCAUGCUUGACUUUACAAAUGUGAGCGCGACUUGCAAAAAUUGAAUAUGUCCAGGCAUUUGCUACUAAAAUCUGUGAUGUCGCACCUUCGGCCUUACAACUGCUUCUCCAUCGAUUGUUCCCUUUAUUUGUCCCAUCAGAGAGACCUGUCCGUGUGACCGUUGUUACAACACUGAUUUCUUUCUUAACUCUGUUGUCUGUCAUUUCUGAUGAACUUUAGACUCCUUUAGAAGCUCCUAGAGAUCGGGCUUCUCCUGUGUAUUGAGUGACGUCACAGGGUCUUCAAUUUUUGUUUUCCCUAAUAAGAAAAUUAUGCUUAUGUAUUUAUGUGAGAUUUCCAAAGCUUCUGUGUCGAUGUUUGGGAUAAUCCAUCAGAUAAUGCAUGGGCUUUUUGUCAUGUGCCUAGGCUCGGCUUUUGUCCUGUGUUCUGUUUGGUACUCGAUGUGUGUGUUCCCACUGGAGAUGAUAUAUGUAGCACAGUUGGUGUGAUGGUGACUACCCGUAUGCUUCAGCCUGAAAAUUAUUCCACAGUUCACUUGGCCAACAAUUCCCAAAGUGAGCACGUACUACUUAUUGACACGAGACAGAUAAGUAGCACAUUUCCCUCCUUUUAAGGAAAUAGCUAUAUUACUCCAGUAAACCUUCCAGUCAAUGAAUACUUCUCAUCAUGAGUGGGGCUCACUGAUACGUUUUCAAAUAUAUGUUCAUUCUCAUUAGUUUUGGCAUUUCCAUGAAAUCUCCUGAAAAAUGCCUAUUUUGCUACCAACAAUAAGUGGUGAAGGGGCUAUUUAAGAACCACACCCUGUUUUCUACAGUUUUUACAGCAUAUUUUUCAUCUUAAAAGAUAAAAAGGGAGUUCUAGUUUUCAGAUACACUUCAGAGAUCGAAAUGAACUCUUCUGCCUUUUAUCCAAAAGCCUGUUUGCCUUUAAGUGGGUUACCAGCAAAAUAGGGACCUUUAAACGUGUGCAAAGACUAGCUUUGAGAAGAGGGAGCUUCCAAAUUACCCCCCAUUUCGUCAUUUACAUUGUUUUCCCUCUUUCUCUCAGUCUGGAUUUAAAAUUAGACUGUGUUUCUUCCUCCUCUAAAUUUGUAGCUAGUUACCCUACAAAUGAGAGGUCCUAAACUCCCACAGAAUUCUGAAGGGAGCAGAGUGGACAUACUCCACAUCUCAAACCUGUCCUGAUGGAGCUUAGAUUAAGCAAUCCACAAAUCAAAACAUCCAGCAGAACUGCACACACAGACUCGAAGGUGAUCUUUCAAAUUGGGAGGCUGUAGACUUUAACCUUCUACCAACUCAAUCUGGCGAGUGGGUUUUCCUCAGCCUCCUGGUGGCGACAGUUGAGGCCACACCACAGAAAUGAGUGAUUCCCCAAGAAUGGCUUCCCUUUGCCCUCUCUAGUAGAGGCGUCUGUCUCCAGAUGCCUCACAUCAGAACGUUGUGGAUGAGAAUGGAAUCUUAUGACCUCCGCAUGAAAAUGUAAAGUCUUCUUUUUGUCUUGAAUCAUGAAUUAUUUUGAUGGAACACCUCCAUGGGAAAAUACUCGUGGUUAAUCAGUAUGCAUCAUAGCCUGAAAUGAAGCUCUUUAUACCUUGUCA